AUGCCAGCCUCAUUCCCCCAACGUAAAAUCGGCGGCACGCCCGUCUCUGCUCUAGGUCUUGGUUGCAUGGGAAUGUCUGCGUCAGUUUUGACAGGCGAAAAGCGCAACGAAGAAGAAAUUUUCAACACGCUCAGCACAGCAGCCGAUAUGGGCAUCACUUUCUGGGACACCAGCGACUUCUAUUUGGACAACGAGGAGCUGCUCGGCAAAUGGUUCAGCAAGACAGGCCGCCGCAAUGAGAUCUUUCUCGCCACAAAAUUUGGCUGCGCACAUGGCGACACAUUCGGAGAUGUGCGAAUUAACGGAAGCCCGGAGUAUGUGCGCCAGGCUCUCGAGAAAAGCUUGAAGGCCUUGGGAACAGACCAUAUCGACUUGUACUAUGUACACAGGAUCGACCCUAAGACACCGAUUGAGAAGACCGUUGAAGUGCUCAAAGAGUUGAAGGAGGAAGAUAAGAUUCGCCAUAUCGGGCUAUCGGAAUGCUCCUCACGAACACUGGAGCGUGCAUCCAAGGUAGUCAAGAUAGACGCUGUGCAAAUGGAGUUUUCGCCGUUCGCAAUGGAGAUUGAAGACACCGGCUUCAAGGAUGUGGCACGGAAGCUUGGUGUCACGAUCGUACCGUACUCGCCUCUGGGCCGUGGUUUCCUAUCUGGAGCGAUAAAGAGUAGAGCCGAUCUUGGAGCCAAUGAUCCUCGCGCUCGUAUGCAUCCGAGAUUCUCGGAGGAAAACUUCCCGUCCAACCUAAAGUUGGUCCAGAUCUUUGAGGAUAUCGCGAAGGAAAAGAACGCCACGACCGGUCAAAUUGCUUUGGCCUGGGUUCUCGCGCAGGGUGAUGACUUCAUUCCAAUUCCGGGUACGAAGCGUGUCAAGUACUUGAUUGAGAACGCAGGCGCGGUCAACGUGAACUUCACCGAAAAGGACGAGAAGCGAGUUAGGUCAGGCUUGGACGCGAUUGGGGGAGCGAAAGGUGCUCGCUACCCUGAAGCUAUUCUCGCCGGAUGUUUCGGUGAUAGCCCUGAGCUUGACAGCGCGUAG